AUAAUGCUCUGCUUUAUCCAGCAAUAAAACCAGCUAUUGAGGAGAAAGUCCUGCAUUCCAGAUGAUUCUUGUGUCUCAAAAUGCCACCUCACUAAUGCUUGACUAUCAGGCUGUUAAUUGUUGCUUCUGAACUAAAUUGAAAAAAAAUCUGGAGUGCAAAGGGACAGAUCUACACGCAUCUGCUAUCAGGGAAACACAGGCAGCGUUUUGUGUGGUAAAAGAGCGUUUUGCUGUAAUGUUACCUUAACAGUGUAACUGUUGUCUGCAAAUGCUGAGCAAGUAGAAGGGUGUAGCCCCGCUCUGACACUGUUUAUGUACAUUUUCUGCUGCUUUAUUUGGACAGACUCCACUGAAGAAGCAGGUGUGUGAUUUAUCUGGGCUUCAGAUAGGCUGCAGCCACUCUGGUUUUAUAUGCUGCUUCCAGCCAGGCUGCUGCAUUUGGGACAUCUGCUGUGAAGAGACUUGAGUUAAACCUGGUCAGUCGGGCUGCUCAGCUGGUCUCUCUCGUUUAAGCACCACUGGGGAGGCAGUGGUAGUGUGGGAAAUACACCCAACAGAGACCUGGUAUGUUGGAGCGACUGAGGCCAGAGGGGUAAACUGAAUUUUCUGGAAUAAAGCAGCUGGUCCUCUUAUCGCCAUGAAUACAGACAGCGGUGGCUAUGCUCGCAAACGUGCUGCUACAUCUGUUAAAUUAGCCUCUGUGAAGAGAGUGCAAAGUUCUCCCAACUUGUUGCUGGUUGCAGGUAAUGAAGCACAGACACCCGAUUCAGAUGUUUGGAGAUCUUACAACGUUAAUGAUGGCUUCAGAGGGGCACUGAAUGGUGAAACGCACAGCUCAUCACUGGCCGCCAAAGGUUUCCGCAGCGUCAGACCGAACCUUUCAUUUCCGGAGAGGAAAACGCCUCCUCAGCAGGUUCCCUCACCACCACCCAGAAAGGAAAGCUUUAAUUGGUGUUCACUAACAGGCCCUGGCAGCCACCAUACACCACUUAGUUCAACCCAGGAUCUUACACAUGGCAAUUGGCCAUCACUCCUAACACCUAGCCUGCAAAUAACCUCCAAUGUUACCCAUUUGACUAACAAGGAAGAGUACACACAGAGCUCAUCGCGUUUGGUUCGACACCCCAACACAAUUUCCCCUUCUGCACAGCAGCCACCAACUUCCCAGAGCAUAACUUGCAAAGUAGCCGAUAGCACUGCUGACCCUUCACUUCAGACAAGCCAUGGGCACUCCCAAGAGCGUAAAGUCACUGCCAUCAAGCUAACCUUGUUGGAGGAUCAGGUGGUUGCUAAUUCCCACUGUGUGCAACAGCCAUCCAAGCCUGACACUGAUGUGAAACCCUCACUCCAUUCACUUUCACUUGGAGAUAGGACAGAGCCUGAGAGACACACAGCCUCUCUUUCCAUUCAGAUAGCUCCAGCAAGUCUGCAUACAACAGAACCUGGGCUCGACACACAAGGAUGCCCACCUGUAUCUGCUGCAAGCAGUGGAAGAAGUCUACAUGAGGACAUGUUACAAGUGCUUAAUGCGCCAUCUUGUGCACGCACCUCAGGGCAUCAUCUGCCUGAAAAUCAGUCAGAAGAGAAAAUGGCAUCCAAGAUUAAUACAUCACAGGGAUGCCGGCAAAUCUUACCAGACGUUGCUGCACCUCUUCUUCUGCUACCUACUAACAGGACUUUUCUCUCACCUCACUAUGGUGUGGAGCGAGAUCCAACUACCUUGCCAACCUUCGAUGACUACAUCCCUUCCCACCUUCAGAAGGCCCGUUAUCCUACCCUGUCAUCUUACAGUUUUCCUUCCCUGACCGCGAAUCUUUUCACAAACCCGAAUGAAGUUUCUUCGUUUGUUACUGACUCCACUCUGAGUGAAUAUUCGUCUUGCAACCUAAGUGAGUCCUCCACGGCCAUUCUAGAUGAGCUGCAUACCUGUGGCUACGACACCACGGAUCAUUCUGACACUCCAUCCCCAACCCUGAGUCGGAUGUCCGCAAUAACUGAUGAUACAACCACCACCACUACUGCUCCCGCUCAUAUGGCGGUGAAUGGAAAUUCUCGCACUGAUAGUGGCAGUCCAAUGAGUUAUUUGCAAAGGCCCUUCUCACCAUCAUCAGCUUACUCUCCGGCACCUUCAGUAAAUCCAAACAUUGUUGCAAUGCAACACAGCAGAACCAUGGAGAACCUGAAUACUUCACAGCAAAGCAAGUCACUUGGCGCAGAUGUCAUGAGCAUAGAACCGGUUUACAGAACGUCAGAAGAGGAGAAGAAAGUCACGGUAAUUAAAGCACCGCAUUAUGCAGGAAUUGGCCCUGUUGAUGAAUCUGGAAUACCUAUAGCCAUAAGGACGACAGUGGAUCGACCUAAAGACUGGUAUAAGACGAUGUUCAAGCAAAUACAUAUGGUGCAUAAGCCAGAUGAUGAUACAGAUGCAUUCAAUGCUACAUAUGCAUAUGUUUAUCCUGAUAACUACAGCUCAUUCACCUCUGUUCAGGCGCACCCUCCUCCCAAGACACAUACUUACCGACCUUUAUCAAAAAGUACCUCAGACAAUGGUGUUGAAUUCUUCAAGGAAUCUGCUCCAUUACCACCACCUCCACCUGUUCCACCACCUGCACAACUAAGAUUGCGAGAAAUAAGUUCCACAGAAAAGAACGAUUGGGAUCCUCCUGAUAGAAAAGUUGAUACUCGCAGAUAUCGUGCUGAACCUAGAAGCAUAUUUGAAUAUGAACCCGGAAAGUCGUCAAUCCUAGAGCAUGAGCGACCGGCUAAUUCUACAGAGGCACAACUUUCUAAAGGCAGGAGGUUCAAUAAGCCUCAGUAUGAGGUUUAUAAAGAAAAAAUACUCCAGAGAAAGAAGACUGCAGAAAGUAAGGUGCCCUCAGCCCAAAGUGUUGGAGAAUUUGGUCUCAAACACCAAGAAGAGCAGAAGUGGGUUGGUGGGCGAAUAAACCCAGAUGAAAUAGAUUUAGAAAACGAACCCUGGUAUAAAUUCUUUUCAGAACUGGAGUUUGGACGCCCGCCUCCCAAAAAACAUUUGGAUUAUCUGCCGGAAAGUUCUCCCCAUGUUUCAGCUGAUAAUAUUAAGACCUCCUUUUACAGUCCUUCAAUAGAAAGGCAGUUGGAGAGACCUUCCAGCGCCACAAGUCCUGCAAGUGACUACAGAAAGAGGCGGAAGUCUGAACCUUCAGUGAACCAUCAGAGAGCACAGAGUGAUCACACAAUGCAGAAGAGCAGUGCUGACCUCCAUGGAAUAACCAGGAGGUCAUUAACCAAUUCUUCACCAUCUUCGCCAUCCAGAAUUAAAGAUCAGGAUUCUCAUAGGAUUGUCUCAGAAAUGGGCCGAGCAACAUUGAAAGAUCGGAGGGGUCCAACAGAUGAACCUCGUAGGAAACCAGAAGAAAAAGAGAGGCAGCCUGCUAAAGCAAUUUAUGAUUUUAAGGCUCAAACAACAAAGGAGUUACCAUUCAAGAAAGGGAACAUUGUCUACAUUAUUAGGCAAAUAGAUCAAAAUUGGUUCGAAGGUGAACACCAUGGAGCAGUUGGCAUAUUCCCCAUUUCAUAUGUUGAGAAGUUGCCCCUGGCAGAAAAGGCACAGCCAGUGAGACCCCCACCCCCAGCUGAGGCCAGAGAUUUUGGGGAAGCUAUUGCGAAAUAUAAUUUUAAUGCAGAUACCAACGUGGAGCUCUCACUGAAAAAGGGUGAAAGGGUCAUCCUUGUCAGGCGGGUAGAUCAGAACUGGUACGAAGGAAGGAUUCCUGGAACAAAUCGGCAAGGUAUCUUCCCAAUUACUUACGUGGAUGUUCUCAAGAAACUUCAACCUAAGAACUCUGCAGAGUACCCCAGGCAUUCUCUGCCUUUAAGCUUUUCCAGUGAUAGGAUUCACUGCUUGGGAUCUACAAAGUUGGCUUCUUGUCGAAGGCUCAAUGCAACAUCCCCUGUUCUCAGUCAUCACUCACCCUGUCCAAAUAAAUCUGCAGUCCAGGCAAUCACCAAUGAAUGGAUAUCAUUGACUGUUGGGCUGUCCCCUGUCAACACCGCAAUCCCUACACCACCUCCUUCUCCUGACAGCCUGUUGUCUGAUUUAGUUACUUCUUUGUCAGUGACCUCCUACCAAUCUGACCCAAGCCCCUCAAGAAAUACUGCUUCCUAUGAAAAACUGAGUCAUUUCAUUCCAGUCACAUCUUCAAAGAACCUUCCCAGUUCAUCUAAAAAUCUGCACGAUCCACUCUACCCACCACUGUCCAAUACUGUCUCAUGUUCACCUAUUUUCAUGAUACCCCAUGGAUAUGACACAAACAUAAUGCAGGUGGCAGCUAAAUCUCAGGAAUCCCUUAAGAAAUUCAAAACUAUUUCCUCUGACGAUGAAAAAGCACCCAACAGCAUGGAGGUUUCUUUAGUCAUUACAGAACCAUUUGAAAGUAGCUCUCCAAAGAAAUUCCUGCAGGUCAGGGAUGAGCAAGAACAGGAACUCGGUGAAGAAUUGCUGUCAAUCAUUGAAGGAAGCCAGUCAAAGGGUGAUGGAAUUAAGCACACAUGUUUCCAUGGGCAUAGUCCGGAUGUAAACAAGGAACCUCCAGAGCUCUAUAUAGAGGAAGAUCCUAGUGAGGUCUAUAAGGCACCAGUGGCAAAUAAAAAGAAACCAGUUAUGUCUGAUGAUCAGAAGGAAGCGAGAAUUGAUACUGAGACUGUAACAUCUGGAACUGACAAAGCUAUUGCUUCUCCUCCCUCACAUUUGCCUGCUGCAUAUCCAUCCUCACUGCCAAAGAUCUCUUCCCCUAUAUCUUUCUCCUCACCUUCACAACUCCCUCAAAGACUUACAUUCUGCACCAAAUCUUCCAGUCAGGAGACUAGGUCUCCAAAGUUGAAGCCUCAGCAACCUACUCUUGUUCACGAACGUUCACAGAUCGGAGAGCCGUACCAAGCUAUGUACAGCUACAACCCUAGAAAUGAAGAUGAGCUGGAGCUCAAGGAAGGAGAUAUUGUUGAUGUAAUGGAAAAGUGUGAUGAUGGUUGGUUUGUUGGAACUUCGCGGAGAUCCAAGUUCUUUGGUACAUUUCCAGGAAACUAUGUGAAGCGACUAUAAGAUUUUAUACAUAUUUGUAUACACAUUGCUUUGAGUUUAGCACAGUAACCUCUGCAGCUCUCAUUAAAAGAAGUUUCAGUCUGUAGACACUCAAAAAACAACCUUUGUGACAGUUGUGUGAUUGACUACAGCUAACUUCAGAAGCAUUGCAUCAAUUGGCACCACCUUCUGCCAAGUAAUAAGGACAUUUUAAAACAAAGUACUGAUCAUGCCAUCUGGAGGCUGUUCUACGUUCCCUUCAGGAUAUUUUGCAAACAAUUGGUUUUUAUUAUUAUGGUGCACUUAUUUGAUCAACCCUUUUUCCCCCCUAUGUAUGUAAACAUAGUAAAUGCCUAUUUAUUCUUCCGGGUACAGGAGCUCUGUGGUCUGUCACUAAUACUUAUUAUUGAUGAUUUUGAGUAGAAAAAACACAUAAUACGAUCAGCAAGUACUGCUAAGAUAGUUUGUCACACUCCAAACUGGAGGUGAAGUCCUGUAGUCUACUCUUUUUCCUCCAAUUAAUUCACUUGGUUUGUUUUGCUGCUGAAUGUUGAGAUAUGGAAACAAUGUCACGUUUUGUACAGGUUGUUUGAAAAUCGAUGAUUGUGUGUUUCUCACUUGCACCACGUUUUUCUUAAAAAUGGUGGUUUAGAAUACAUAGUAAAUGUCAGGUUUCACAAUAGAAUAUUGAGUUGAUCAGGCCAUGUGACUGUUCUUUGAGGCAAGCUAUAUUCGGGCUCCCAAAUCCUAAUUGUCACAUUUAGCGCUUUGGGUGGCUCCAUGGACUCAGCAGUCACUGAAGGAGGGAGGUGUAUAACCGUUAAAUGUCUGCAGUUUGAAAGUAGAUUCAAGUGAGGCAAAGUGUUUAGUCACUGUUUGCUCCAGUCGUGCUCAAGAAGGUUUUUAAGAAGAGAGAUGGUGCACAUCUUUAAAUCCAUUUAUUUGAAAUCAGUAAUGCUAUUCACAGUUAUGUUCAACGUAACUCAUUUAUUUAUAUGGAAAUGCACCUGCCAUGCUUUCUUGUACUUCCAAAGUUCCUGAAAGAAUUUCCAUGUACAAUUUGUUUAUAUGGUUGAAUAAUUGAGUAGCUUUUUUCAAAUACAUAUAAUUCCUGGACUAAAAAUUGAAAAACAUUUUCUUGGCUACUCAAUAUUUUUCCAAAAUGGAAUGCUCUUUGUGUUAAAAGAAUCGGAGCACUGUGUUCCCUGGAAUAAAACAGUAAAUUAUAACUGCCAUGAUUGGGUAUGAACACACAGAUGGGGAGGAGGAAGAAAUUGUUACCGCUGCAGCACCUUAGUUCAAAAAGAGAGUGUGUGAUUGUCCUUUUCAUUUCUUUCAUAAAUGCUUGAGUUUACUACAGUGUAUGUUGUCCACGACAGUUUGUAUAUAUAUGUGUCUGCUUUAUUUUGUACAGUUGUUUUAGUUGUUGCAUUUAAAACAGAUCACUACUUUUCAGCAACUUUUGUAAGUCUCUGUCAUUUCCCCUACCCCUUUUUACUAACCACCUCUCCCAUGCCCUGGUUGCAAGCACAUCUAGAUGAUGCGAGUGUGUAUGAUAGUAUUUUAUUGCAGAAUUUUGCAAAUUGUAUUUCAACAAAUAUAGUGUUACCAGCAAAAAAAACCUAACUGUGUAUAUAUAUCUUUAUAGUUAUUAACAGGAAAUGAGGAAAAAAAAGGUCUGGCUAGAUUCAACAAUACUCUUUUACAGUAUGUCUUUAUUACACCAAAAUUUCAGGCCUAAGAGCUGUGUAAUUCUGAAGCUUCAAAUUUUGAAUCUGGUCAAUUGCAUGCAGCGCGGCUGUGAAAUCAACACCUUUGUUGUUUUAUGAGGAAAAUGACCAUAUUUGUUGCCUGUAAAAUGAAAACUCUUUAUAUUCUCUGUAACUGAUUUUAAAAGGAUUAUUUCAUAAAUGAACAUCGGAUGAUUCAUUUUGAUGCAGUACGAUUCUUACGGAGAAAACAACUUUUUGUGUUUUUUGUGAAUUUCAAUCUCUAAUAAAUUUGCCUGAAUUGAA